AUGCAGACCCUUCUCUCCUUCCACGGGUCAUCAAACGACUCAUGCAUCUACCACCUGCUACUGCGCUACCGGGACACAGAUACGGCGGAGCAAUGCCGUGAUCGCCGCCAUCGCAGAAUCCAGAUGAGGCGCUCCAGGUGGUGCUUUUGCGGCCAGCACUUUCACCCCCAGCUCAGUUCAUACCGGACUAAUUACAAUAUGACUACUCAUGAAAUGCCGCAACACAAUGAAAAGAAAGAUGACCAGCACCGGAAUCCAAUGCCUGAUUUCGGAAAGUUUUCGAUUAUAAGGAAGCGCUCGGAGAGCCUUAUUGACGAUGGCUUAUUUGUGAAGGAGGACUUCUGCCGGCUUGAACUUCUUGGUGGACAGCCUAUGCAUUUCUUUGCCGUCUUUGAUGCUCAUGGAGACCCUCAUGUGUCAACGCUGUGCAAACAAUUGGUGCACCAAUUCGUGGCGGAGGAGCUGCAGCGCGUGUGCAUCACUCCAGGACUUGGUGAGAACCUGAGCUUGGCUUUGGAAAUGGGGAGCGAGCAGCAGGACGGAGAGGAGACCAGGUGGCAUGGUCUGGUAGGAACAGCCCUAGAGAGGAGUUUUCAGAGAAUGAACCGUCUCUGGCAACACACUUGCACUUGUGGGAACAUUACUGAUGAUUGCAGGUGUGGAUUGAUGAUCCUCACACCGCCGGUGGUGUCUGUUGUGGCAAUCUUAACAGCCCGGAAUAUUGUCAUUGCCAACUCCGGUACCUCACGCGCUGUCCUUGGCCGUGCCGGUAGUUUGUUUCCUCUCUUCGAUGGUUCGAAGCCUAAAAGACUUGAUGCACUAGAUCAGAGGCUUCGUGCAGUAGGUGGUCGGGUUCUCCAUCACAACGGCAUCCGUGUAUAUGAAAUUCUUAACAUGUCUCAAUCCCCAGUGCGAAAUGGGGAUCACCAACUUGUGAAUAUUUCCAUCACAGAAAGAAAAGGAAAUGAAGAUGAGUGCUUGAUCUUAGCCAAUCAUGGUAUUUGGGAUGCUGUAUCAGAUGAAAUGGCUUGCAGAGUGGCUACAACAUCUCUUACAUUAGAUGUGGAGGGAACAGCGAGCGCUCCAGGCAACAAUGGUCGUCUUUAUGAUCCAAACACCAGCGACGGCGAGACAGACAUGUUUUUCUCUUCCAGAACCAACAGUGCAGCUGCAAUACUCUGCCGCCUCGCCGUGGGCCGUGGAAGUCGAAGUGACGUUAGUGCCAUAGUUGUCAAUCUAGCGGUUAGGUCCUAA